UCGGACUCUGACAAACUCUCAAUUCCAGUUAAACCCGCCCCACACAGAUCCGCCCCAUUCAAUCUUAUUCGCUUACUGUAAAAAUUCUUGUUUCGGUUCUCUAUCUUAGAAAGUUUGUCUUCGUUCUGUCACUACGUAACCCGACAAUUCCAUCUGUUAAAACCCUCAUUUUCCUUCUCUUCACUUAUAUUUUAAUUUACUUCGUGUCGUUUGCUUACCUUUUCCAAUUAUUCCUUUUCUGAAGUUGAAAUUGAAAAAUGGAGGGAGGACUGUUUAAUCCUCGUACGGUUGAAGAAGUUUUCGGAGAUUUCAAGGGUCGUCGUAAUGGCCUUAUCAAAGCUCUAACCACAGAAGUUGAAGACUUUUACCGGCAGUGCCAUCCUGGGAAGGAGAAUUUGUGCUUGUAUGGACUUCCUAGUGAGCAGUGGGAGGUCAAUUUGCCUGCUGAAGAAGUACCUCCAGAACUCCCUGAGCCUGCUCUAGGGAUCAAUUUUGCUAGAGACAGUAUGCAAGAGAAGGAUUGGCUAUCUCUGGUUGCUGUUCACAGUGAUGCCUGGUUGCUUGCUGUUGCCUUUUAUUUUGGAUCUAGAUUUGGUUUUGAUAAAGCUGACAGGAAACAGCUUUUCAACAUGAUCAAUGAACUCCCUACAGUAUUUGAAGUUGUGACUGGUGCUGCAAAGAAACAACAGAAAGAGAAGUCUUUGGUCUCAAACCACAGUAGCAACAAAUCAAAGUCAAACUCUAAGCCGCAGGGAUUGGAAUCUCAGGAAAAAUAUCCAAAGUCACAACCGGAGUAUGAAGAAGAAGAAGUGUUUGACGAGGAAUCGUCGACGUCAAGGCCUCCACCUCCAAGCCCCAUUUCACAACGACGACAGGGGGACUCACCCGGACCGUCACCUAGGCCACCGAGGCCAUUUCCUCCUCGGGUUACUCCUGAGGUUGUUGAUCUUGAGGAUGACUCCAUUCCACCGGUAGCCUCAAUCAUUGAGGAUUUUGAGCGAUGCCAUCUUGUCCCGAGCAUUGUGGGGAAAUAUCGAGGUGACGUUGAAUUCGACGAGGGAAUGAAAGCUCUCGAGCUCCUUACUUUGAAGACACUCAGCGUUGCUCGUGGGCUAUCACUGCAAGGGAUGGACGAAUCCCACAAGAUGGCUGGACUGGUCGAGGCUGUUGGGCUUCGAGAUAAAAAGCUAUCUGAUGCCGAGGUUGCCCGAGCUCAAGUUUUGAAGGAGAGGGAUGAUGCUAGGCUCGAGCUGAGAAAGGCUCAGGAUGAGAUUGGUAUUGCUAAGGAUGAGGCCAAAGAGCUGAAGCUAGAGCUUGAGCAGCUGAAGAGGGACAUGGAGUCCAAGAUUGAGGGGGCCCGAGUUUCCGCUAUCGAGGACUUUGAAAAGUCCGAGGAAAUGGAUAGGUUGAAGGGCGAGUACACUUCAGGCUCGUACCUUCGUGCUUUGAAGGAAGCUUGAGCUUUUCUGAGGGCCAAGAUGCCCGAGGUUGAUCCUGAGGAGCUCAAGACGAUCCCUCAGGUUGCUGAGAGUCUCGAGCUUUCGGAUUCCGAGGAGAAUGUGGAAGGUGCAGCCGAGGACGACGAUGAUGCCUUCGAGGAUGAAGGACCUGCUCCAGGUGACGAGGACCAGGAUUAGGCAAUCCUGACCCCUAAACCCCAAUGUUUUGUUUUGAUGUAAAUGUAAUGGCAAUUGGCCGUACAUGACUUCGACUCUUUUUUGUUAAGUUUUUGAAAUGAAUGCUCAAUCUUUUAUGACGUCA